AUAAAUAUCAUUGAAUUCUACCUUGUAAGUUGGAAGAUUUUGCGGUGGAUUCCUGUUAUAACUCCUAUAUAUAACAAUAGUUUUGUUGGCUAAUAAUAUACAUCCAUCAUAAUUUCAUAUUAAAUUUCCGCCGCUACUGCAAAUUCGAUUACACAACCCAUAUAAUAAUACCCUAAAAAAAACUUCCUUACCCAUCAUUCCGAAAAACAUUUUUUUUCACAAAAUGGGGCUCAAAGAAUUGUUCAAUCGGAAGAAAAAACAGCGCCUCGGCCUAGGGGUUCCAUCUCCCAAUCAACCGACACCCAUAAACUCUAGAUCGCCAUCUCUAAACUCAUCAUCACGGGCACAGAUCGAGGAGGAGCUGGAGCAGGUUUUCAAGAAAUUCGACGUCAAUGGCGACGGAAAGAUCUCUGCCGCGGAGUUGGGGUCGAUCAUGGGCAGCCUGGGCCACCCCGCCACGGAGGAGGAGCUCCAAACAAUGAUCCGAGAGGUGGAUGCCGAUGGCGACGGUUUUAUUGAUUUGAAGGAAUUCGUGGAAUUGAACACAAAAGACAUAGAUUACGACGAGGUGUUGGAAAAUCUGAAAGAUGCGUUUGAGGUGUUUGAUAUUGACAAGAAUGGGGCAAUUUCUGCGGAGGAGUUGCAGGAUGUACUGCAGAGCCUGGGAGAGGAAUGCACAUUAGCUGAGUGCAGGAAGAUGAUAAGUGGUGUGGAUUCCGACGGAAAUGGGACUAUCAGUUUUGAUGAGUUUAAAGUUAUGAUGAUGAUGGGCUCGCGUUUUGAUUCUAAGGAAACCCAAGCCUGAUUCUAAGGAAACCUAAGCCUGAUUCAUUUUUGAACGAAAAGAAAAAGUAAAAGAAAAUAAAUUCUUUUCCUCGCUUGACACACAAGAAUGACAUUAGGGAUUUACUAUAUCAUUUAGUAAAUCAUUUUCUUUUCUUUUUUUGUGUGUCGUUUGUAAGGUUCUUAAUUUAAUUGUAAUGU